UUCCUGGAGAGGAAACUCCGCCAGAUGAAGGGGUUGUUUUUGUGGGAUUUUCCCAUGGAAUUUCCAUGGAAUUCUCUGUGGAAUUGCAGCUCCUGGAGCGGAAGCUGCGGCAGAUGAAGGGCUUGCACCACCUGAACCAGGUGAAGCUGGAUUACAACCUGGACGUGCUGCGGCAGCUGGACAUCGAAAACUCCACGCUGAGAUCCCUGCAGAAACGGAAAAUCAACCGGUUCCGGACCACGCUGGAGCUGCUGAAGGCCAGGAUGGCCCAGCAGGAGGUGAAGUUCCAGGAGGAGAAGCAGAGCCUGGAGCUGGAGCUGGAGCGCGUGGUGGGGCAGUUCCAGGAGACGCGCGACAGGAUGAGGUGGGGACGCUCGGGAUUCCGGGGGGAUCCCUGGCCUGGGAAAAAUGGGGGGUUCGGGUUUCGUUUUGGCUUCUUGGGAAUUGUUAAUGUGGAAUAA